AUGUGUGCCCCCGUCUGCCGCAGCGGCUGCUUCGUUUUCGGCGUCAUCGUCAACAUCUUGCUGCUCGCCCUCACCAUCUGGGCAGCAAAGUCUGAGCAGCCCUUCGCGGUCUGGGUCUCCCUUCUGGUUACCUUCCUGUUCUGCUUUGUCUACCAGGUUACCAUUACUCUGGCUCGCCUUCGCGAUGGACCCCGUCACAACUCCUCUUACGCCGUUCCCCUCUCCAACUCGGACAUCGAGAUGUUGACUUACAACUCCCCCCGUCUUCGUCCUCGCAACUCCCUGCCUGAAGACUCUCCACCCACUGACGCCUUUCGCCUCCGUCCUGUCAGUGAAGACGUGCAGCAGAAUGCACUCUACCAGCGCAUGCUCGAAGAACGCCCUCUCCCUCCAAUCCCUGCACGCAACCCUUCCCGCCCAAGCAUCUACAGUGCCGUGCUGGCUUCUCCUUUGAGUGAUCCUUUCAUCAAUGGUAGUGCUCUGCCUCAGCCGAUCCGUGUCUCAGCCCGCGAGGGUGGUGUCACUAUCCGCCAGGUGCCUGCUUCUUCUUAUGCUUCGCGUAUCUGA